AUGCCCAUUUCACAAGUCCAGCCUGGCCAUCAGCCACAGCCUCAACCGCGGCUGACGACUUCAACGAGGCCAAGACCUGUCUCUAUGCCUCCUCAGUCGUUUAAUGCCGCUGUCGCUGCAAUUCCAAGUCCUGGACCUGCCACGGAUGAUAGAGCCUCAGAGAGGGACAAGGAUACCAGAGAUAGAGAUCGUGACAGAGAGAGAGAAAGACGGCAUGUGCCUUCUAGCAGGACGAGUCGCUCGAAUAGGAUUCUGGGUGAUUACACCCUCAGCAAGACGCUGGGUGCUGGUAGUAUGGGAAAAGUAAAGCUUGCUACCCAUAACAUGACGGGAGAGCAGCUCGCUGUCAAGAUCCUUCCGCGUGUCAACCCCGCUGCGCCGCCUACGAGCGGGGCACCAGAUGCUGUUGCUCGGCAAGCCUCCAAGGAUGCUUCCAAAGAAAUACGAACACUCCGCGAAGCUGCACUGUCUAUGCUUCUUCAUCAUCCAUAUAUUUGCGGUAUGCGUGAGAUGAUCAUUCAUCAGCACCACUAUUACAUGGUUUCCGAGUACGUCAAUGGCGGUCAGAUGCUGGAUUAUAUCAUUAGCCACGGCCGACUUAGGGAAAGAGUGGCCAGAAAGUUCGCAAGACAAAUAGGAAGUGCUCUGGAUUACUGCCAUCGAAAUAAUGUCGUUCAUAGAGAUCUCAAAAUCGAAAAUAUUUUAAUCUCCCAAACUGGCAAUAUCAAGAUCAUUGAUUUUGGUCUUUCCAACCUGUAUGAUCCUGCUAAUCAUCUCGCCACUUUUUGUGGGUCUUUGUAUUUUGCCGCCCCCGAAUUGCUUAACGCAAAAGUGUACACCGGCCCCGAGGUGGAUGUUUGGAGCUUCGGUGUCGUCUUAUACGUGCUCGUUUGUGGCAAAGUUCCUUUUGACGAUCAAAGCAUGCCUGCUCUUCAUGCAAAGAUAAAGAGAGGUUUGGUGGAAUACCCAGUGUGGUUAAGUGCCGAAUGCAAACAUCUGCUUUCUCGGAUGCUCGUCACAAACCCAGCCUUACGUGCGCCACUAACGGAAAUCCUCUCGCACCCAUGGAUGAUUCGUGGCUUUUCUGGCCCUCCUGAAAACUUUCUUCUUCAUCGUGAGCCUCUUCGUGCCGACGAGCUCGACCGUCAGGUCAUCCAUGGCAUGACGGGCUUCGAAUUCGGUUCCGAUGAUGAAAUAGAAAAGAAGCUCAUCAAUGUGCUCGAGAGUGACGCUUACAUCAAGGCUGUUCAGUACUGGGAGCGUAAACGUGGUGGCACUGUCAACGGUUCAAAAUGGGGCGAGUCGAUGUCCAACUCCAGCCUCGCUGUUUCAUUUACUAGUGAUGGAGGGACGUCGUACAGCUCACGCACUGGUAUUGAGCCUCCUACUCCUAGCAAGAAAUCGAAACGUUUCUCUGGUUUCGAUUUUUAUCGUCGAAAACUGUUUUCACCAUCUCCCUCUCCCUCCUCUUCAAGUAAUCCGUUUUCUUCUUCUUCCCCUCCGCAAUCUCAAUCCCAGCUCAUCUCUCAUGGCGGCGCUCUCGUUGAUUCAAAAGGUGAACCGCUCGAUCCAACGAAAGGUUUUCAUCCUCUUGUCAGCAUGUACUUUCUUGCUCGGGAGAAGAUGGAAAGAGAGAAGGUGUACGGUCCAGGUGCUUUCGCUAGCAGUCAAUUGAGCAUCGCAGAUCCUGCUCACAAUAGAGCUAACAACGGUAUCAAUGGGGUCAUCAAUGGUACUCCGACAGCUGGUGUCCCCUCUCCAGUCCCGGAAAGGCGGGAAAAGUUAUCUGCUCCGGCUCCUGCUGCUCUCCCAAUACCGAUCAUAGCAGCACCUCCGUCUGCCAACACCAAUGCCAAGGCAGACUACAGCAUGCCUCUUCCUCGUCUUCCGGCACCCGAGACUUCACAUUACUCGGGGAUGUCUACGAACAAUACGGCUGCGCCUUCACCUACAUCGCCUUCCUUCCAGACAGCGUUCCAACAAGGACCGCAACCCCGUGCGCGCGAUCUAGGCCUACCUGCGGCAUCGCCGUCAUCCGCUCAUGCCGAGACCGAACCGGGCAAGAAGUCUGGUGCUGUGGGUACAUUACCAAGGGCACCGCCAGCUAGCACACACCGCCGAAGCCACAGUUUGAGUCAGAGACCAGUAACUUCCACAGCCGGGACUGUCGGCCGAGGUUGGGGUGGAAUGUUUAAUCCUCCAGCUCCUGUGGAUGAGACAGGAGAGAAGUCAUAUUCGCCGCCAUCUAAAUUGUCGCCUGUCAUGGUUGGUGGGCGGGAAAGACCUGCAAUGGAUGCUCCUGCCUCACCAACUAGUGCCCGACCACCACAGUUGCCACAUACUGCUGGACCGGAAGUGACAAGCUUUGCAGAGAGAGAACGCCAGAACGAGGAAGAAAAGGAGAAGGAUCAUGAGCAUGGAUAUGUUCCUGCGUCUCCGCUCACUACAGGUGCUACUCUCGUUCGCAAAUUUGGUAGUAUGCUCGUAGGCAGGGGAGAUGAACGGCGACAUGGGCGUAAAGGGACGUUACUGGGCGGAUUGGCGUCCACUAGUCCCCGACCGAGUGGCGAUGGUGAGAAGAAGAGUAUGGAUACGACUGCCUCCGCUUCAGCACAGAAGGCGUGGUCAGAGAAGGACAAGGUCAUGUCUAUAGAUGAAAAAUCAGUAGAGACUGGGUCUAAAGAAGGGAAGGAGAACACUCCAGUUUCUUCGACAGUUGAACCUCUGUCGCCAAAACCUAUAUCUCAUAGCCAAAGCCAGUCUUUAUCAGGGGUUCAUCGUCGGGCGGCGACCAUUCUCGACCCUACAGGCUCUCGGUCAAGGCAUGAAAGACGUAGUAGUACUGGUGGGGCACUAUUAUCUGGCGCUGGAAUCGUUGGUGGUACGCUGGGACGACACAGGCGACCAUCAACGGGUCAGAGUGGUAUGCCACGGCCUUUGGCCGAAAGACUGUUCUCCCGGACUGAUGAGGAGGACGAGGAUGAGAAGAAAGAGGCACAAGCGGAGAAUGAAAAGGAUACUCGCGGUGUAAUCACGGGAGAUGAGCAUGGCACUGAUACCGAAGCUGAAGAUGACCGGCAUGUCAAACCUGUUUAUUUGAAAGGGUUGUUCAGUGUGGCAACAACAUCUACUAAGUCUCCUUCAUUGAUCAAAGCCGACAUUCGACGUGUGCUCGAUCGUAUGCAGGUGCAAUACCGAGAAGUCAAAGGAGGAUUUGAAUGCAUUCAUUUGCCUUCGAUUGAUAUUUCCUCCGUGGAACCAACGACGCCCGGAUACCGACACAAUCAUCAUCAUCAACAAACGUCAUCAGGCUCAGGUGAACCUUCGACGCCUCGACCGACAAUAACGAAAAAAUCCUCCAAGUUAUCUUUCAGCAUCCGAAGUCGGAGUAUACGGGAUAGAGAUACGUCGAUGGAGAAGGAAAGAGAACACCCUGGGCGGCCGUCAGGUACUACUACGUUGACAGCUACGCCAAGUACUGGUUCGUCGUCGUUCUUCAAUGUUUCCCAGAAUCAUACCGCUGCAGAAGGUGAUGCUGCUACACCUACUGCUACGAUUAAUGGAGUACCCACUACUCCGUCCCUUGAGGUCGACGCUCCAGCACAAACUUCCCCGAUGACUCCCAUUACACCCAACUCACCCGCCGGGUCUACCAAGAGCAAAGUGCUUCCUCCUAUACCCCGCGACUUCGGUCCUUCUGCCCCUCCUCGUAGUCCAAGUCCCAUGCCCUCUGGGCAGGUCGACCGUGAAGUUUUUGAAACUAUGGGUAAUAAUUCAUUGAGUGUUCGGUUUGAAAUUAAUAUUGUAAAAGUUCCUUGGUUACCAUUACAUGGGAUUCAGUUUCGUCGAGCAAGCGGAGAUGGUUGGCAAUAUCAAAUGCUCGCUAGGCGGGUGUUGACAGAGCUCAAAUUAUGA